UAUCCUUCCAUCCUUGCCUUCUUCCUUCCCUCGUCCUUUCUUCAAUCCCUCCUUCCCACCUUCCCUACUUGCCUCCCUCCACUCCCCUGUCAUCACUUUGUUUGCUGGGGUGAACUGGGGUGCGGUGCGUCGAGCGGCUCUGUGUGUACUCUGUGGCUGCGCGUUUUCUCAAUGCGUAAAAAGGCGUGCGCGUCGCGCAUCUCCACUUUUCGGCGAGUGAGAAGAGGUGGGACCUCGGAAACGUAUUUAUAGCAGCAAUUGGCGAUCAUAAAAAGGUGUUUCCCGUUGGAAGAAGUGAAGGGAUCAUAUUAAACACUGUGUGGACGACGUUUCUUCAGAGUCGGACAGCGGAGCGAACAGCAGUGAUCAUGGAAUCUAAUCAUGUAAACGCACAUGAACCUGAACUGGUGCCACACAAAGGCAUCAAGCUGAUCGAGGGGACGCAUGAUCCGGAUGAUGUGGACCAGAUUUGCAACCUGGAGAUCAGGGACUCGGAUGUGUUUGUCAUCACAUACCCAAAGUCAGGGACAAUCUGGAUGCAGCAGAUUCUCCUGCUGCUUGAGUCAAAGGGAGAUGUGACCGCCGUCAGUAAACUCAGCAAAUAUUCCAACGCUGACCUCAUCCCCUGGAUUGAGCUGAAGGGCAACAGGCAGGCGUUCAUCACGGCCCCGUCACCCAGACUGAGGGUCACCCAUCUGCAGCACCACGUCAUGCCCUCUGCCCUGAGCCAGAGGGGCAAGGUGAUCUACGUGGCAAGAAAUCCCAAAGAUGUCCUUGUGUCUUACUAUCACUUCCAUAAGGUUGCAAACAUGUUGGAAACGCCGAGGGAUUUCAGUGACUUCUUUGAUAAAUUUUUGAGAGGAGACGUGUUUGGGUGUAGCUGGUUCGAUCACGUUAAGACGUGGCACUCACACAAGGAGGAUAUGAACAUGCUGUUCAUCACUUAUGAAGAAAUGAUUCAAGACCUGCAGUCUGUAGUGAGGAGGAUCUCUUUGUUCUUGGGCAAGGAGAUGACUGAUGAGCAGCUGGCAAAUGUGGUGAAACACAGCACCUUCAACAUCAUGAAGAAGAUCCCUCAUGCCAACUAUGAACAGGUGCCAGGUGAUCUACUCAACCACCACCAAGGAAGAUUCAUGAGGAAAGGCACCAUCGGGGACUGGAAGAACCACUUCACUGUGGCCCAGAAUGAGAGGUUUGACGAGACCUUCAACAAAGAGAUGAAGGAUGUUCCUCUGUCUUUUAUCUGGGACAUCCUGGACAUUGAGUGAGCAGUUUGUUGCUCUCACGACAACAAAGAGAACAACAAGAAGAAACAGUUGCAACUACAUGAACUCUGCUUUACAGAGACAGCGUCUGCUUCUCUUUCCCUAUGUAUAUAUUAGCAUCUGAGGGUACAUUUCAAUUUAUGGCAGUUUCCUCCCCCAUUUUAGUUCAGAAACCUAUGCAAAUCUCUAUUGGGGUAUCUUAUAAUACCAUUGAGAUCAUGGAAUGGCUAGGUUGUGGUCUAACUAUAGCAGCCUUGUUUUUUAGUCAUGUACAUUACAGUAUUACUGCUUGCUGAUGCACUGAAUGCUCUUCGAAUCAAGCUGCAUUUACAACUAAAUUACCAGUUGCUUUGAAAAUAGUAGAAAUGUAUUGCAUACCAUUCUCAUAUAUCUAAUUUGUUAUCAAUGAGUUAAACCAUUGGAGGGGGGCUUAAGCCCCCCUAAAAUGUGCUUCAGCCCCCCAAAAUAAUUAUUGUGAUUUUUUUUUUUUUUUAAUUAAACUAUUGUUUUACACAUGGACAAGUUAUUUAUAACUCUAACAUGCUACAUGUCAUUUUAAAUUGACUUCAGUGCCAUGAACAUGUCUUCUGAUCUGAUAUUGACCUCAACCAUGAAUAAAUUGAAAUAAACGUGUAUAUAUACAGUAAA